GUAGAUCAGUGGAAACGGGAGAGUAGAGAAUAGACGCACAAUGAGAUUUCUAUCGAAAGUAAAAGUAAAUCGAUGCCCUGGGUGCGACGCGAACAGACAGACGCACAACAAACGGCAACAAAGUGCACGGCUUAAUGCAUGGAUCAUAUAGUGGAUCAUAUAGUGGAAGCUGUUUCAUUUUAACCGAGGGGAUGGAGACUCUCGAUGCCCGCCAGACAGGUGCCAGGAUGCAGGAUAUGGAUAUCAUGGAUCUGCACCCCUCCCUCACACCUGAGGUUGAAGACCUUCUGCCAGAAUUAGACCUGGAUGGCAUUCUGGAACACGAGGAUUUUCCUUUUGACUUCAAUGAUGCGCUGUUUGACCUGGACUUUAAUGUGGACAUACAAACUGGUGAGGUUGCCAUACCGACAGCUGUGGCCGAGCCAGGCGACCAGAAACAGAACUGCAAGACACAGAGAGAGCUUGGUGACGGACAGAGGAAGAGAGAGACAGAGCCUGGUGACAGACAGAGGAAGAUGGCAUCGACAGAGGCUGGUGACGGAAGGAGGAAGAGGGAUCGACAGAGCCUGUGGACAGAAGGAGGAAGAGGAGAGCGACAGAGCCUGUGGACGGAAGGAGGAAGAGGAGAGCGACAGAGCCUGUGGACGGAAGGAGGAAGAGGAGAGCGACAGAGCCUGUGGACGGACAGAGGAAGAUGGGAUCGACAGAGCCUGUGGACAGAAGGAGGAAGAGGAGAGCGACAGAGCCUGUGGACGGAAGGAGGAAGAGGAGAGCGACAGAGCCUGUGGACGGACAGAGGAAGAGAGAGACUCAGACAGACUCUCCCAUCAGAGGUUGUGCUGGUUCUCCUCCCCUCUCGGCCGUGACUCUCUCUCCUCCUCCUCCCAGACUUGUCCAGAUCGCUCCUUCUCUCCUUUACAUUCCUGGGUUUGGGACUGCUACUUUCGUCUCUUCGUGUAGCAAUGGCUCAGAGCUGCAGCUCGUACAAGCCCCUGUUUUCGGCUUCUCAAGACCUCCCACCUACAUACUGAUGUCUCCUCCCUCGCUGUCUCCUAGAACCCUCGACGUCCUACCUCUCUCC